AAAAAUGUUGAAAUUGUGUGUUGUGCUAUUGAGUGCGCUCCUCUUAGCCGAGGCCACGCUCGUUCAAGUUCCAAUAACUAAAGUUAAGGAAACCAAAAGCAAGGCCAAUGAAAUUCGUAAAUUGAAGGCCAAAUACGGUGGCACUCCCAAGGCGGAAACCAGAGAUUUGGUGGUGGAAAAACUCUUCAACUAUGUCGAUGACUCGUACUAUGGAAAAAUUACCAUUGGCACACCUGGUCAAGAAUUCUUGGUUUUGUUCGAUACCGGCUCCUCCAAUUUGUGGGUCCCCGUAGCUCCCUGUUCUGCCGACAAUGCUGCCUGUGAAAAUCACAAUACCUACGAUCCCAGUGCCUCGUCCACUCACGUCAAGAAAGGUGAAUCCUUUUCCAUUCAAUAUGGAUCCGGUAGCUUGAGUGGUUAUCUGGUUGAAGAUACCGUUGAUGUUGAAGGUUUGAAGAUUAAAAAACAAGUCUUUGCUGCUGCCACCAAUGAACCUGGCGAGACCUUCGUCUAUGCUCCCUUCGAUGGCAUCAUGGGUAUGGGCUUCAAGUCGAUUGCUGUUGAUGAUGUCACUCCACCAUGGUACAACAUGAUCAGCCAACAUUUGAUUUCCGAAAAGGUAUUCUCUUUCUACUUGGCCCGUCGUGGUACCUCUGAUGAGGGUGGCGUUAUGGUUUUGGGUGGCAAUGAUGAUAGUUAUUAUGAGGGCGAUUUCCACUAUGUCCCUGUCUCCGAACAGGGUUACUGGCAAUUUGAAAUGGCUGAAGCCCAUGUCAAUGGUGUUAGAAUUUGUGACCGUUGCCAAGCUAUUGCUGAUACUGGUACCUCCCUCAUUGCCGUGCCCACAGACAAAUACGAAGAAAUCCAAAAGGAAAUCGGUGCCACCUUUAGCUAUGACACCUACGAAUAUAUGUUGGAUUGUUCCAAGAUCGAUGAUUUGCCCGUUGUUACCUUCCGUUUGGGUGAUGGUACCUUUACCUUGGAAGGUCGUGAUUAUGUUAUUAAAUCCGAUGACAACCAAUGCUCUUCUGCCUUUGAGGAUGGUGGUACUGAUUUCUGGAUUUUGGGUGAUGUCUUCAUUGGCAAAUACUACACAACAUUCGAUGCCGAACAUAAUCGUGUUGGUUUUGCUUUGGCUAAGUAAAGCAUUGCAGUUGCAUG